AUGUCGGUCUUUGAACCGAAAACAAUCCUUACUCUUCUCAAGAACUCGACAGCCGUCUCUCCUCUCGAGAAAAACACCUUCGAGAAGAAUUGGAGGUUUCAGCUACAGUGGGAGUCUGAGAUUGUCGAGUACGUCCAGUUCCUGUGGGAGAAGAUGAGAAGACGGUCAAAGAAAGGCGAGACCAACAAGCUGGGAGUCAACAUACCAUUGCUUGGGCCUCGGUUUAUGCCUCCAUCCUACCUGCACAUCCAGAAGUGGUCAGGUGGUGGAGCCGUUGAUCUGACGAUACAGUACCUCAAGCCACUCAAUAUUGUGCACCCAUUCUACUACCCACAGCUUGCACGGUGUCCGAGAUGCGGGUCUGACAAGGACAUGACUUGGGAGGGAUGGACAAGCAAAGGACCUCGAGAACUCCACGGUAUACUCUGUGAAGAGAUGGCUCUCGGUGCACAACUGCGGUGCAACCGCUGCAAGGAGACAUCAAAGUCAAAGCUGAAAACCAGAAACAGCACCACUCACCAUUCGGACUUGGUGGACUCAAGCAUUGAGGGCUAUUGCUUCACAAUGACCAGUGCCAUGUAUUGGAAGUUUUGGGAGCACUGGAGAAUACCACGGGGCAUACCGAUCUUUUUCUACCGGUGUGCAUUGACACGGGACUUGUUCGACCUGCUCGUCGAGUUACGGCCAUCUUCGACAUCUGCAGGUCUUGAAGAACGCAUCCGACAGCUGCAUCUAUUCGAAUAUAAGUGCCGAAUGCUGGAAUAUCUCGAAGCAGUCAGCACUUACGAAUCUUCAAACAGCUCAAACUCACGCACACUUGGACUCGGACAUUACUUUAACCAUGGCGCCGCUGGUAGCAUGACCGCAGGAUCUGGGCUUCAAGCGUUCUCAGAACCAGAUGACCAGCUCGGCUACAAUAACAAGUCAAUCUCAAAUGAAAUAAUAACUGAGGUCUUCGUUGAUUUUUCGACUUGCACCAGGCAGGAUGAGAGCGCGCUGUAUUUGAAGUCACUAUCUGCAAUAUGCGGUUUUCUCGACAACACUUUCAAAGCGUCAAACAAGGCCACACUCACAAACAAGGACGGGCAAAAGACAAGGGAGAUCAAGGGCGGGAUACUCACUGUGCUGAAUGAAAGCAAUGAGAUCAUUGCUUGGUGUUUCUGUCAGACACGCGCGAAUGCUGAGAUCACAGAGCUACUGCGUGGCCUCAACCUCCCGCAACCAAAGAUGAUGGUCGCCGACAACUGCUGCCACAUACACGGCGCGGUGGCUUCUGCCAUGCCUGAGACAGAGGCUAAGCUGGAUGUCUGGCAUUUUAGUGCAAGAUACGUUGCUGCAAUCUUGAACACCAGCAAGAGCCCAUUCCGUAGUGCCAUCACUGCUGAUAUUUCGGGUGCGAUCCUCAAGAAACACGCAGAACAUGGACGUGGAGCAGAGUACUGGGAUCGUGGUGAACAAGAGCGGCGCCUUGUUGCAGUGUUUGACAAAUGGGCUGAAAAAGGUGUGUGGUCAGCAGCGGCUCAGAAGGUACAUCAAGAACAACUUAAAUACAUCCGAAAAGGGUGUCUCGAGCGCUCAGAUCAAGACAUCCGGUCUGAUGGCAGCCGCGUUGAGGGCACCCACAAGGGCUGGAACUCGUUGCAGUGUGCCCAACCGAGUGGGAUUGUGAUGCUGUCUGCGCUUGGUCACGACUUUGUCCUCCGUCGAAACAUUAGGGUCGCUUCCAGUAGGCGUCAAAUGACACCCUUUGUCAAAUUCACUCAUGGCUCCCAUCACAUCCAGCUCUCUAACCACAUAGCAAGACUCUACAACGGACUGCACGAGAAGGACACACGGCUGCUUCCUCUACCAGAACUCCCAGAUGUGGACUCCGGCGAGACCUUUGGACUUGUAGCGUCAGAUAAUACAACUACAUUUGGUGGUUUGCUCGUCAAGGAAGAGACUGCAGACACCAAACUCACACUCACACAUAACUUUGAAGUUUGCACAGAUAGCUUUACUGGUGGGACUAUAGAUUUUGCGACCGAAGCCAGCCGCAGCAUCAUGAUCGAAGACUGGCAGAUUGAUCCGGCGCUCCUUGACCAACCUGCUACACAGCCGCUGCUGCCACAUGCUACCAAAGUCGUACCUGCCUCUCCAACCAAACGCAAGGUCUCUUGUGUCUCCUUUGAUGCCAAUGAUGAGUUGGACAGCGGCAAUACUUCAAAACGACCACGGACUUUGGUUUCAGCCGGCACCAAGACACUCAAUGGCUACUUUUCUUCUGGUCACAUUGUAAUGCGACCCAGAGAGCUCCACAGGCCUGUCACAGAGGAUCGCCCAGUGAUUCCUGGUGCUACUGCAGAGGAUUGCCCCAGCACUUGCAUCAGCAACACCAUUACCCCCAGCGCUGGCAUCAGCAAUGCCAUUACUGGGGGUCACCCAGCAGUCACCAGCGAUUACCCAGUGAUUCCUGGGGCUACUACAGAGGAUUGCCCCAGCACUGGCAUCAGCAACGCCAUUACUGGGGGUCACCCAGCAGUCACCAGCGAUUACCCAGUGAUUCCUGGGGCUACUGCAGAGGAUUGCCCCAGCGCUGGCAUCAACAACACAAUUACCCGGUCUCAGCACUUAUUCUCCAUUGCUACAGGUAUUAAUCCUCGCUCACUGACCCUUCAAAAUUCAGACGAGUUCUACCUGUUUAUGGACAUGCGGGCCAAGUUAAAAUGGCUGUCAUAUCAAAUGACUUCGAAGCGCUGGGUGCUGGCAACGGAGGAGUACAACCGUCGUCUCACACAGACAGCUGGCCGGUUGGUCAUUCAGAAGAACCCACAAGCCCUCCUACGUGCGCUGGGUGACAUCGAGCCCAAACUGAUGAACUGCAUCAUCAGAGAUGAAUAUACCUCAAAGAGGAACAAUGAGACAUUUUGGCGCCACCAUUGUUCUGUUGUACCUCUUGUCAAGCAGGAGCGAGGGAAAAAGCCCCGAAAGGCGCAGACAUGCUCACGCUGCCAAACGAUCAUGUACCCUGGCCCCGAAAACUCGCCACUCAACCACAAGCGGGGCUACUGUGCUGAUGGUGUCAAGCAGGUGUCAAAGAACAGCGGCGAAGAUCUCCCUCCCUGGCCUCAGCCUCAAGGUCUGUUCUCCGAAGGCUGCACAUUCCAUCCGCACGCAUUUUUGUUGGCUGUUCAGCGUGUCUAUGAGUACAUUUCCUUGCAGGGACCGGGAGAGAUGGACUUGCUUGAAACAGAGGCCUUCGCGAAGCUGCUUGUCUCACGCACUGAGAUCCACGAGGAUGGUGCAGUGCUUUUCCAGCUGUUUACAGACUUCAUCGUGGACCCAUCGACUCCUCGUGAUCACAUUGUUGUCCGCAACGACAAGCAGUGGUUGAGGAUCAAUUUCCUGCAGCAGCCGUAG